CUUUGCCUCUCUCUCUCUUAGUCAUUAUCAUUUGUGUAGAUUCUGUGAGUUUCAGUUAAAAUGGAAGCUAGAGUGCUGACAGUUUUCUGUAUGCUCCUCCUUGACUCUGUUGGACUUGUCUUGUCCGCUCAGAGGCUCAGACAUCACACACGCCUUGAGACCAGUUUAGCAUUUAGAAAUCUCUCAGUUAAUUAUCGCAGCAGAUACCCUCUGUACAUGAUGCAGCUGUACCGCUCCUUCAGGACUGCUGAUUUCUCAUCGCCAGCAGCUGUCAACACCGUCAUUACACAAGGUGACAACCCGUCAGCGCACAGUUCUGACUCUGUCCUGAGUCUGAUGGCCAGAGGUUGCCAUCAAGUGGGUGAAAGAUGGACAGUCACAUUUGACAUGUCAACCAUCUCUACUAGUGAACUCGUCCAGUUGGCAGAACUUCGGAUUUGGCUGCCAGCUUUCUCUGCCUCCAAGCGUGCCACUGUGGAUUUGUAUCACUCCCGAAAGCAGAGCUGUGACCCAGGCAGCACAUCAUGCCAGGAUGAGCACCUUUUCUUGGGGAGCUUUGCCACAUCACCCAGUAGCACAAAGUCUUCCUGGAAGGUUUUUAAUGUGACUGCUCUGUUGAAAUACUGGCUAUACCAAGGAGAUAGCGUGUCAAGCCAGGAGGCCUCAGGACAGUCUGAGACGGAGCAUGGGAGCGGUGCUGAGGAGGAAGGGGCAAUAACUGGCAGGUCCCUCUUCAAGAAUUUGGGAAUGAGGCAAAGAAAAAUACACCAUCCAACCAUGAACCAGGUCAUGAUGGUCAUCUUCUCUAAACAUAACCUGCCUCAGGAAGGUCAUUCAGCAUACAGUCUCAUUCAUACUGUGGAGAACUCCAAGUAUGUGACCACAGACAGACUCAGCAGUAGUGACAGUCAAAGUCGACGCUACAAAAGGAACCGAAUGGAAAGGAUGAGAGUGGCUGCUGGAGCUGCACCUACUGCUGAACCAGCAGCAGAGCCGGUCCAGAGGCCGCUGUGUCGGAAGGUAGACAUGUGGGUGGACUUUGACCACAUUGGCUGGGAUGAGUGGAUUGUGCAUCCUAAGCGCUACAAUGCAUAUCGCUGUGAGGGAGAGUGUCCUAUACCACUGGAUGAGUCCUUCCAUCCCACCAACCAUGCAUACAUGCAGAGCCUCUUGCAUCAUCACCAUCCAGAAAGAGUGACAUGCCCGUCCUGUGUACCGACACGCCUCAGCCCACUCUCCAUGCUGUACUACGAGAACGAUGAUUUGGCCCUGCGGCAUCACGAGGACAUGAUUGUUGAAGAGUGUGGCUGUCACUGAAGGCCCACUCGUCACUGGUUUCGCUGCAGUCAAAAAAGCAACUAUUAACAGAACCUAAUCUUGAACUUAAAUUCUUUACUGCAUUCAUGUUAACAAUAAUGCUCAAAUGUUAGAGUGAGAAUUCAUUGUCAUGGCUUUUUCUAACAAAUAAUGACAAGAUAUGAUUGUUAAGGUUGAGUGACUUCAAAGUAAUUUUUCAUCCAUACUGGGUGGUACGCAAUAGUAUUUUCCAUCUUUAGUAUGGACUGAGCUCCAUUA